UACUACAUGCCCACAUGCACACACCGUAUCAAUCAAUGUUGACACCGCCAACUUCACCGUUUCUUGACUCCCUGUCGAGGGAUUUGGUAUUUUGCAAUGCGAUAUGUACGUGCUCUGUCUAUCUGUAGGAAAGUCCGGUGUAAUGAGUAUUAUGAUAUCUGAUAUGUAGAGUGACGGGCCCUUUGAAUUAUAACAGCCCAUCUCUUUCGAGUGAGAGUGCUAAAGACCGCCACAACUAAUAGCUUGCGAUAUGUGUUUCCUUGGAGGCUUCGGAGUGUCUACAAUAAAGACACGGACAGAUCACGAACAUGCAUCCAGAUAGCCGAAGGGCGAAGUCAACCAAAGGCAGAAUUACAUUUUGUUCCCCUCUGUAGUUGAUCUACUGAACGCAUGAGACCAAUCUUGUUGUUUGCAAUCACCUCCGUUGAAAUCACCUCUCAAUACUGUAUCGCUCCUGCCUUUACCUUUAUUUGCUCGUGCUCGAGCUAGCAACCUAGUUGGACCCGUGCAGCUAUAAAGACCCCAACAGCUCUUGUCGCCAACACCACAAACAUUCCUUGACAAACUCUGCCAUUGUUCAAAUCAUGACAACUCUGUUGUCCCCCGCAGCAAUUAGUUCAUCUACCGAGCCAGCAGCUAUGGAAGACCACCCACAGGGGCCUGCCAUACGCAAACAGGUUGAAUACUACUUCUCUGACGAGAACCUGCCAACUGACCUACAUCUGCUACAAUGCUGUGGAGGGAGGAAGAAUUUGCCCGUGUCCAUAUCCCGCAUCUGCGGCUUCAAGAAGAUGAGAGGUUUCAAGCCCAAGAGUGGCGUAGUUAACGCGCUCCGCAAGUCCUCUUUCUUGGUGGUUUCCAAUGAUGGCAAAUUGAUCACUCGAAAAGUGCCAUUGGAGGGACCAUGCGCGCUUGAUCCAGACUUCUACGACGAGGAAGAAAUCGCGUACGACCCGCGCAUUAGAGUCCCAGCAGUCCACCCUGUCCCUCUACUGCCCCAAACGAAAACCCAGCAUCCUCCAGGUGUGACAAAGGGGCAGCUGAAGCCUUCUGGCUUUGAGGACAACUACGUAGAGGCACCCAUCACACCAGCUGAAGCUGAAGAGGACGAUGCCAUGUAUCAUCCCGACAAGCCUUUCGUUGAGCGCAUUGAGCUUGCUAUUCAACGCUUCAAACAGAAGAGGCGUAUGCGAGAGGAGUAUGCUCUCAUUUUUACCAGGUGGAUGCGCUUCGGUGGUGUAGAUUCCGGACCUCGAAUGUUCGGUACUUUGUCAAAGCAGGAGAUGGCGGAGAUGAAUGCCGAACAGAUCGCGAGGGCGACAGCAACUCACAGCGUACCAUGGGAUCGAGAGGAUGAAAACAAAUGGAUCGUGGACUUCUUUGCUGUUGCAAAAGCAUUCCUGUCAUCGGAUCUUCCAGUCAACCUAGGACUUUCCCCCACCAAGAUCAAGACCGGCUGUCAAGUCCUACGCUCCUUCUACAACUUUCUUUUAUACCAUACCGUUUGCCCUGAAUAUCGCGAUAACAUCGAGGCGGCCCGAGGACUGUGUAAUAUCGCGGAGCGCGAACUUUCCAAAAUAGACAGUGCGGGCCACUCACUCCCGGGCAGCUUCAACAAUGCUGCUAGCACCGUCGUCGGUGGUUCGAAGUCGGAAACCUACACGGGCAACCGGGACUGGGCUGUUCAAGCUCGCAGAGACGGCCUGGACAUCGUGGAGACAGGCGUGAAUGAUGAGACAGCGAGGAUCGUAUUUAUGUCGGGCAUCGCCUUGAUGGGUACAUUCGAACAACAGAAAAACUUGAAAGGUGUCGAUGAUGGGAAAGUCAAGGUGGUCGAGGACAAAACGAUUGGACUCGAAGUCAUGUCCAUUGCACUCUCAACAUCUCGAAUUCGGGAGUUGUACGACAGGCAAAACCAGAUAUGCGCCCCUAAAAUUCGUCUCGAGGCUCUUGGAACCUUGUCUUGUCGUUUUUGGAAAAUGCCUGACUACGUUGAAUACGACUUGCCCAUGGAAAAAUACCCCAAUGGCCGACCGGUUGAGGCAGAGGAAGACAAGAUGUACGAGUUCUGGGUUGAGGAUAGCAUCUUGCAUGAGUGUUUCACCGGCAUGAAGUUGAGGGCUAGAAUUUUGACUCUGGAGGAGGGCGUGCGGAUCCUGGAUGACGUGAAAGAGGUUAUGCCUAGCUUCUACACAUGGCUUCCGAAUGAGCUAGAAGCCGGCAGACACGGACCCAAGGAGGUGGUUGUUAGGGGUCAAGGAGCGCAGAAAAUUGAAACCGGAAACGACAACGGGGAGAGCAGAAAUGUGGCGGAAAACCAUCUGGAUGAUAGGGGUGAAAGCGAUCUGGAGGAGUGA